CCUUCUCCCCCACCUCCUCCCUCCCUCCCCCGCCGCGCGGUGCAUGCUGGGAGAGCACCAACAUGGCCGCCGUGAUGCGAGUUCCCGGGCGCUCCGUGCGGGCAAUGUCAAGCGUCGGGGCUUGGCCCCCCGUGUCCGCGGGUCCCGGGGCGGCGCUUCUCACGGGGCCUCCCUUCUCCGGCCCGCGGACGUCGCCUCCGUCCCGUGCCACCCACCAGGCUGUGAUGCCACGCGGGCGCGGGGGCCGCUCCUCCUUCAGCGGCGUUGUCGCCACCGUGUUUGGUGCGACGGGUUUCCUUGGGCGCUACGUCGUCAACAAACUCGGUCGCGAGGGAGCGCAGAUCAUUAUCCCCUAUCGCUGUGAUGCCUACGACGUGAUGCACCUUAAGCCAAUGGGCGAUCUGGGGCAGUUGAUUUUCAUGGAUUGGUCGAUGAAAGACCAGGAGUCGAUCCGAAAGGCCGUGCAGCACUCCAAUGUGGUCAUCAACAUUUGUGGGCAGGGCUGGGAGACCAGGAACAACUCGUUUGAUGAUGUGCAUGUCGUGGCGGCACGAGACAUCGCUCUGGCCGCCAAGGAGGCCGGCGUUCCCAAGCUGAUCCAUGUGUCUCACCUCAACGCCGACAUCCGCAGCGCCUCCAAGUAUCUGCGCACAAAGUGUCUGGGCGAGAAGGCCGUGCGCGAAGCUUUCCCCGACGCCACCAUCCUGAAGCCCUCGGACAUGUUCGGCAGAGAGGACAAGUACUUCAAUCACUUUGCAAAUAUGCUCUUGUUUGGAGGGCUGCCUCUCAUUGCAAAGGGGAAGAUGACUAUCAAGCAGCCAGUCUACGUGUCGGACGUGGCCCAAGCUAUCGUGAACGCAGCGCACAGUGAAAACGUCCUAGGCAAGACUUACGCACUCAGCGGGCCUGGCCGCUACGAGCUGCUGGAGCUAGUGAAGUACAUCUUUGCCGUGGCGUACCGGCCGUUCGUGCCCUACAGCAUGCCUCGGCCGCUUUACCACCUCAUCGCCCGCUGCUUCGAGCUGGUGCCGUUCGAGCCGUGGACAACCCGGGAUAAGGUGGACAGGCUUCACACGACUGACAAGUUGCACCCGGAGCUGCUGGCGCUGCAGGACCUGGGGGUGGUGCCCACCUCCGUGGAGGAGAAGGCCAUCGAGGUGCUGCGGAAGCACCGGCGCUUCCGCUGGCUCGAGGUGGACAUGGACGAAAUCAAGCCGGCCAAGGCCGUAUGAGAACACCCGCCACCCCCCCCCUCCCCACGCUUGGCUCGCGUCGGCUCCGGGCUGCUGUGUGGGGCCAUUCGGAUAACAAAACACACCGCUUAGACGCCAUUAGUCACGGGGCAGUUCCACGAUUGCGGACGUACGUUUCGGACACUUUAAAGAUGUGUGAGGAAUCGUUGGGGUGUAGUCGUGAAAGCGGCUUCUCAUUUGGGAAUAGUAUGUCCACCAAUUAGGACUCUUAAUUCGCGUACAUAUUAUUGUCCGUCUUUCAUGGAUGAGGAAGAAACGCUUGUAAAAAAGAAAUACGAACGUGUUUGACGUGCACAGGCAACUGAAGUUUUAAUCCACUCUGAUGGUUGAGUGUUUAUUCGGAUUUGUGUGUCAGUUAAACCCUCGCGUUAUGACAGAAAUUACACCCCGUAAAAAUUGACCCUUAAGGUUGGCCAAUUUGUGGAACUGCACCAGCCACUGGGUUGACCUGAAUUCGCUUUCAUAGAGAUGUUUUAAAGGGAUCUCCAUUCACUUUUGUGAAAGUCAGUUUUGCAAGGUAUGUGCAUAGGAGAAGCCAACCUUGUUAUUUGUGGAAAUUCCAUGAUUCAAGAUCGUUUGUUUUCUUUGACACGGUGGUGAAUAUGCUGCCUCUAAGGAAUUGCAGGGGUGAUGUGAACCAAAUUCAUACGACCUUAUCGAUUCCCGCGUCUGGUAUUCGAUUCAAGUUACCAGGGCGUUGAAUCGGUGCGUCCGUUUGCAUGGCCAAUGCAGUGUUGGCAUUUUUAAGUGCGGACAGCAGUGGAUAGAUUGACAUGAAGUAUAUAACAACAUUAUCAUUGGGAGCUCGUGUUGUUUGUCUUAAGUGCAUUAGCUACGUGGGAACUACAUAAUUCACGUGUCAAAGUGUUUCGUUGACAUGAAUGGAGAUGGCUUUGGUAGAUAUCUGUAAAAGUGAUUGCAGGUCACUUGGUGCCCACACACGGCCAGGCAUGAACAAAGUAAGCGAGUAGACUUGCAGCGCCUAGCCGAUGCGGCGACCCCUUUGCGUAAUGUCUGGCAUUAGCCCAGUGUACAUGGGACAUGGAGAUGGGACUCUGUGCAAUGGACGCUUUGCCUCUUUUCUCAGACAGCUAUCUCGGCUUGUUCCGGGUAAAAAUGCAUGGCACGGUCGUGACGACAGGCUUGGACAUUGUGCUGUAUGUGUGCCCCUGAUCCGAGACCCCCCCCCCCCCCCUGCCUGUGUACCAUGGUGCUGUUGCCGGGCAAGAUGCCACCCUCGUGUGGAUUGAGAGCUCGCCCGCUCUCCGUUGCGUACACAACAAUUAGCUGUUUUGCGAAACGGCCUUGUAAAUUAAACAAACAUAAAGAUGUUUAUUCCAAAAAAUGAGUUUGA